AUGGAGGUUUAUAUAUUUUCCCUUGGGAUGGAGAAGAAUAAUAUAAUCAGUCCUCAUCUCAUGCGAUACCUGUUUAAGUGGUUAGCACCUGAAAGACAAGCCGAGGGCAGUUCACUCACCAGAGAACAGAUUUUCGGUUUCUUCUCAUCUUUCGUUGCAAUUGUAGAACACCAUAUAAUAGAGCUUCUGCAGUUGGUGGACAGCCAGGAACAUAAAUGUCGACAGGGACGAUACCUAGCGAACAAAUUGAGUAAAAAUGGAGCCAUCUUAUUUGUCAAUGUACCAGCAACUAUGGAGGAGGUAUCAGCACAUUUCUAUCAAAUGUUCACUGAACGGGUUGACUCACCGAUCAUAAUAUCAGAUUGA